AUGGUCCAAGCUUCUUCAUCCCUCCAUGGCAGCAUGAGAAGGGAUCCCGAAGGAUAUGACAUGUCAUCCGAUCUGGACCAAGCCCUACUCCUCUACUUUGAUGGGCAGCAAGCUAAGACAUCAAUUCAAGAACAACAACCGCAGACUCUCAACAUCUUCCCCUCCCAGCCAAUGCAUCAUAUCGAGCCAUCUCCAAAGGGUUCCAUGGCUUCUUCUUCAGCGGCGGUAGCACAGGUCGCUGGCCCUUCCAAGAACUCGCAGGCGCCGUCGUUGAAGGUGGGAGGCGGGCCGCUCGCUGCCGGCAAGAGCUCCAAGGCAGCAAUCAAGAGAGAAGGUAGCGCCGGCGGCAAGCAUGGCGUCGCCGCGGGAGCUUCGAGCUCGGAUCAGGAGGGGCCCCCGACGCCGCAUCCCAAGACGUUGCGGAGGCUCGCGCAGAAUAGGGAGGCCGCCAGGAAGAGCAGGCUGAGGAAGAAGGCUUAUAUUCAGCAGCUAGAGUCCGGCAGGAUCAGGCUGGCACAGCUAGAGCAGGAGAUGCAGAUGGCAAGAACUCAUCAGGGUGCACUAUGGGGUGCAGGAGCGCUAAGCCCAGAUGCGGCGAUGUUCAACCUGGAGUACGAGCGGUGGCUGGGGGAGCACAGCAAGGUGGUGGCCCGGCUGCGGGCCGCCGCGGAGGAGCACCGGCCGGACGGUGAGCUGCGGGCGUACGUGGACGAGGCCGCCGCGCACUACGGCGCGCUGAUGGGCCACAAGGCCCGGCUCGCUGGCGCCGACCCACUCCACCUCCUCUCCGGCCUCUGGAAGGGCGCCGCCGAGCGCUGCUUCCUCUGGAUCGGCGGCUUCCGCCCCUCCGAGCUCAUCAAGCCAAGCCAUGCAUUGCUUGCUCAUCGCAAACCUAGCGCAAUAAUGCCGCAAUGCAUGCAGGCGGACGAGCUGAGGAUGCAGGCGUUGCACGCGCUCCGGCAGAUCCUGACGGCGAGGCAGGCGGCGCGCUGCUUCAUCGCCGCCGACGACUACUUCUGCCGCCUCCGAACGCUCAGCACGCUCUGGACCACCAGUCGGACGGGCCAGUUGGCUAGAGGCCCGGCCGGGUAG